GAGGGGCUCCCUGAGGAGAUGCAAGUCAAUGUCACAGAGGACAGCUGGCCUGUCAAUGGGACCAUGGAACCACAGGAUUCCAGCACCCUGGCAACUUGUGCAGAGACUGUGACUUUUCCUGAAGUGCUGGAGGAAGAGAAGUGGGGCUCUUUCUACUACUCCUUUAAGACAGAGCAGCUGCUAACCCUUUGGAUCCUCUUUGUCUUCACCAUUGUGGGGAAUGCCUUCGUGCUGUUCUCUACCUGGAAGAGGAAGAGGAAGUCAAGAAUGACUUUCUUUGUGACCCAGUUAGCAAUCACAGAUUCUUUUACAGGGCUCAUCAACAUAAUGACCGAUAUUAUUUGGCGAUUCACAGGGGAUUUCAUGGCACCAGAUUUGGUCUGUCGGGUGAUUCGCUACUUACAGGUAGUGCUGCUAUAUGCUUCAACCUACGUCCUGGUGUCACUCAGCAUCGACAGGUACCAUGCCAUCGUUUACCCUAUGAAGAUUCUUCAAGGAGAAAAGCAGGCAAAAGUCCUGAUUUUCAUUGCCUGGAGCCUCUCUUUCCUGUUUUCUAUCCCCACUCUGAUCAUCUUUGGAAAAAGGAAACUAGCCAAUGGAGAAACACAAUGCUGGGCCCUGUGGCCUGAUGAUUCUUACUGGAUCCCAUACAUGACCAUCGUGGCCUUCUUGGUAUACUUCAUUCCCCUGAUCAUUAUCAGCGUUAUUUAUUUCAUUGUGAUUCGAACCAUUUGGAUUAAGAGCAAAGCCCACGAUAGGAUCGUCUCCAAUUGCUCCGAGGAAAAGCUGCGUUCCAGCUACAACCGAGGGCUCAUCUCAAGGGCAAAAAUCAAGGCCAUCAAGUAUAGCAUCGUCGUCAUUUUUGCAUUUGUGAUCUGCUGGAGUCCCUACUUCCUCUUUGAUAUCCUGGACAACUUCAGCCUCCUCCCCGACACCAAAGAGCGCUUCUAUGCCUCCGUGAUCAUCCAGAACCUGCCAGCCCUGAACAGUGCCAUCAACCCCCUCAUCUACUGCGUCUUCAGCAGCAGCCUCUGCUACCCCUGCAGGUCAGAACAGCGAAGGAAUAUACGAGGGACUUUCCAAGAUAGAACAGAGAGGCAUGAGAUGCACAUCAGGCCUAAGCCAGAAUUUGUUUAGCAGGGAGGUUGGGGGGACAGUGGCUGCUAAGAACUUGAGCUCAGUAAAGCAACCUGGUCAUUCUCCCCUCAGCAGGGCAGGAGCUGGCAAAUGCCUCAGCCAUCCCUUCACCAUCCCUUCCAUCAUCCAAAUGAACUCUGCCUCCAAUCUGGAGCAGCCUGGCCGGAUCGACGAGGCUUCUAUUUAAACAGAGAUCUGCGGCCUGGUCACUGGCAUGGGGCAGUGCAGGCUGAUUCUAAGUCACUGAUAAAACAGCAAAAGGAGCACAAAUUCUAUUCCUGGGUCACCCUUUAUGCCUUCAUUCUCUGUGGUCAACAGAUUGGGGGCUUGGUGGAGUGGAGAGAAGAAAGGUGGGGAAAGGUGGGAGAGAUGAGGCAAGGAAGGGAAGAAGCCGGGCUGGAAAUCGACUGGGGCGUGAGCAGUUUAUUAUUUCACAAAGCCUUCAUAACUAUCAUUCAACAGCCAUAGCCUCAGAAUGGUUUGUCUUCUAAAUCCUGGCCUUGGUUCAUUUCCACUAAAGGACUGUCAAUAUCUCCUCUCCUGGACAACUUUGGCUUGUGGGUGAGUUUGUAGGUAGCAGCCGCUCUAUCUAGGGAGGGUCACAACAUCUGGUUCUGCUGACCACUGGUGUUGGAAAGGAUCAGGACUGGCAAUGGCCUGCGCUUUGAGCCAAGGACCUAAGACAUUGCACGUGGGCAGCUAAGGACUAAGACCAUGCUUGCUGGGGAAGAAAAGCAAAAAGCCAGAGAGGAUUGUGGGAAGGGAGAAUUAAAGGGCAACGAGGACUGCCUGGGCUGGGAAAGCAGCAGAAUUGAGAGUGUGCCUCUCCCCACCUCCAUUCUCCAGAAGGAAGACUCCCGCUGUUUCAGGUCCCGAUGUCUCGGGGAAGCGUCCCUGUCCAGACUGACAUGACAUUUCUCGUGGCGCCUGCCCAAGCUGCCUGCCUCCACCCUCUCCAAUCUGCACGCUCCAGGACCUUAUCCGCAGAAGCCUACGUGUCAUUCUGCUGUAUGUUGCUUGUGUUUAAGCUUGUUGUAGCCAUCCAUGAGAUCUUCUCUCAUCACCUUGAUCUAAGUGGGACAUGGUUAAGUGCGGGGGAAAAGUGGUUAAUCCUUUUAUGGUCAGAUUCCUUCCCCUCCAAGGAUAAGGAGCAAAUGUCCCUCAGUUAUGUACAGAUCACCACCUAUGGGCACAAGGAUGAACAUUUUAUUUGUAGCAUUGCAUGUAUUCCCGACAUUAAAGCGUCCUUGGCACAACCCUCCUACCCAGGAUUCAGCACUUAAAUCUCCUUCUGCUGCGGCAAGAGUGGAGUCAUUAAAAUGUUGGACAGAUUUUAAUAGCACUCUGGCCCUUAUUACAGCGUCAGCCAAGGGGUGGCAUAUUUAAGGUCAUGGUGGCAUUUCUCCCAUGAACUCCUCUCAUUCCAUCUGUGCAUGAAGGAAAACAUCCCUUUAGUCUAACAUCGGAGUCGUCAGCCACCGUCUGCCCAGUGGGGUUUUGCUAAAUUUCAAAAAUCGAGGCUAGGUUUCUGGUUCUAAAACUCAUGGAAACCACUUGGAUAGACUUGGGUGACCCCGCUGGCACGGGGUUGCUUUUGUUUAUUAAUGAACACUGCCCAUCCUUUGGCUGGAGAUCACAGCUCUCCAUAACAGAUGCACGGAGUCAUUUUCAAAACCUUUGCAUGAAUCUGGGCCAAUUAACAACCAAGGUCUGGAACAUACCCUAGACUGACAAGUCAGAGAUCUGCUUACUCUGCCUCGAACCCAACUGCAGAAGUCCCAGAACUCAGUAAAGUCCCCAUCUGCAAACGGCCUUUGCUGCCUACCUCAGUGAUCAGUUGGCUCUGCGAGUUAAUGAGAGUGUCUUCUGGAGAAUAUGGCGCGCAGAAGAUAAAGUCCCCCAUUGUUAUGGUUGCUGCUCCUAAAACACUGUAGCUGCUAUCACCGCAGAAGGAGCGGUGGUGAAUAAGACAAGCACGUGGGAUGUUGUGAUAAACUGCCUGCUUAAAACGGAAAGUACUUUGUAGAGACCUGGAUUGUGGGAGCCCAGUUUGUUUGCUGAACUAAUGAUGGGAAUAGAAAUGCACCUUAAGAGCCACGAUUCUCCCAGCCCCAGGGUCGCCACCUAUACAGAUCACAACCAAUCUAUGACUCAGUGGACUCAGUGUGUCACAUGAUCACAUUUUAAAGGGGGAAGGGAUCUUAGCCCAUUUUACAGAUGGGGAAAUUGAGACACAGAGGAGUUGCCCACAGUCACACGGGAAAUAAUGGAAGAGUUGGGAAAUGGAUUGUGGCUCUAACCCCCAAGCCAGGGCUCUUCCCAUGGUGUCACGUUCGGAAAUCAUAAAGCUGCUCAAGGUGCAGAGAGGUACAGUGAGGUUCCCACGGUCAGACGGGCCACACGAUGUCCACUCAAGCCUGGCACUUGCUCUACUACACCACACAAGCUGUUUGGGUUGGUUUUGUUUUGUUUUAACCUGGACCUGCAAUCUUAAUCUGUGUUAGGAGCUUUCUCUAUCAAUCACAAUUUCCUCUGUCGAUACUGAGCAACUCCUCUGUAGCUUAUAGUGUCCAAGAGUUCCCUGAGAACCUCGAGAUAAAGUGGCUUGCCCAGGGUCCUACAGCUAGUCUGUGUCAGAGGUCAGAAAGGAGCCCAAGUCUUGCUGGCUUCCAGGAAAGCUUUCUAGCCGCUGCCCCACACUGCCUCUUGCCAAGAUAAUUCUGGAAACAAUUUGGAUUUUAUUCUAUGAAAAGACAUGGAUCCCUCUGCUGCAUACCAGCCAUAGCAAGUCAUGUCCCUCUCCCGGGGCUCACUUGCCUCAUCUAUAAAAUAAAAAUAGCACCUUCUCUGCCUAAAACCAGAGGUUAGACCGAGAUCUCUUCAGCUCUCAGCACUGACAUUUAUAAUUUGACUAUCUAAAGGCGUGUCUUGAGAAUAAGAGAUCCCAGGAUCUUUCCCGAGGACCUUGUCCAGCUUACUUUACAUUCCAUUUCCAUUCAGUUCAACUACUAAAGCACCUACUGGGUGCACAUGGAUGAGUCACUACACAUUUCAAGAAAGAGAAAGCUAACCGUUGAUGGAUUUGUAGCCAGUGGUGCCCGAGCCCAACCUUGCAGGAAGCUCGGGAGUCUAAGCAGUAGUCUAGAGGAGCCAUUGCAAGGUGGCCAAUAUCGUGCUAAAGUCCGUGUCUUUUCCCUCCACGACUGUGGCCUCUGAGAUGAGGGUACAAUUGACCAUCUUGAACAUCCUUUGAGUCUUGGGAGAAAAUGAGUGUCCAGUUGGGCAAUGCCCCAAGAGGAAGGUUAGAGGAGAGAGUUUGGGAGGGUAGUGCCAUGCUUUUGAGCAAUACAAAGGCACUGACCUCCUGCAGCAGAGACACACCCAAGGCUUUCAUGACAGCUCUCCAUUCCAGGGCUAGAGGGACCAUCUGUCUAACAAAAACAGGUGGAUUUAAUCAAGUCAAGCUCACAAAAGAAAUGUGUGCUUUUCCUUCACUGAAGCAAAUUAAGGGAGAAUGGAAAAAUCUAUUCAGCUUAUCAGGCAGAUGUUAGACAUAAUUUAAUUGAAUUCUAGUUUUACCAAUGUUCCGCACUAUUUUUCCCAAAUACUUUAAUUUGUGGUUA